CAUAAAGUUUCGUUCACUCCCCCAUAUGAACACGAGACGAGACCAACAGAAAGAAACAAAAAUCAUCAGUUUGCUACUUUGUUCUUCAUCUGUAUGAGACCUGAACAGAAAUGGGUCUGCUCUCAGCAAAUUACUGGAGGUGGAGAGUUGCUUGUAGCUGCAUAUCUAGCAAGACCCACCUGGGAAAUUAUCAUCUAUUGAGUCAAUUUCUUUGUGGUAUCAAUGGUUCAAUGGGUAAUUGUUCCUCCCAACUACAUCAUAAAUUCAGAAGUAGGAUAGUGGCUUUUGCGGGUCGAAAAUCGGCUAAGAAACUGAAGAGAAUUAAAGAACAGCAGAGUGAAGUGAGAUUGGAGACUAGUAAGAGUUCAUUUGAUGAUAGUAUCAAUGAUGAAUUUGCCUCUGUGGAUAAGAAAAAUGAGGUGAAUUUAGUCCCAAAUGCAACUCCUUCAAGGGGUGCUGUUCUCCAGGCCUGUACUAUUACUUCUGGUUUGAUUGCUGCUCUAGGCUUGCUUAUUCGGCAGGUAUCACAAGUUGCAUAUUCAGAAGGGUUACCUUUCCUUGACUGUUCUCAAGUAUCGUUUGAUUUUCAGGUGUGGCAUCUUGAGUUGAUUAUGGGUUUGGUUGUGUUAAUAUCCAUGUCGAGGUAUAUAUUACUAAAGACGUGGCCUGAUUUUGCUGAAUCAAGCGAAGCAGCCAAUAAACAGGUCCUGACAUCCCUAGAAGCAUAUGAUUAUCUGAUUGUUGCCUUUCUUCCUGGAAUUAGUGAGGAACUACUUUUCCGGGGUGGAAUGCUACCUCUUCUGGGGCUUACCUGGAAAUCUGCUCUUGCAGUCGCAGCACUUUUUGGUGUUUUACACUUGGGGAGUGGCCGGAAGUCUUCCUUUGCUGUUUGGGCAACGUUUGUAGGGCUUGCAUAUGGCUAUGCCGCUAUUGUGUCUUCGAGCUUGGUCGUCCCAAUGGCAUCUCAUGCACUGAAUAAUCUCGUUGGUGCCGUGUUGUGGCGUCAGACAUCGAGAUCUUCUCAGCAAAUAUCUAGCUAAUAUAGUGGUGAAUGUACAUGCUGUUCUAAGUUGAACCAGGCAAAUGGUUGUUGCAUAUUGUGUAUUGAUAUCUGAUCUUGUGAAGAUAAUUGACUUCACUUCUAUAGUGAUCAGUAUUCACUAAUUUAUCUUGUAGGACUUGUUCUUCUUAUAGAAAAAUAUAUUCAAGUUUGUUCUUGUUA